CGCGCCCUGUGCGUCCCAGCAGCUCGGCCGGGAGAUCCCGGGACCCCCAGCUCGCCGCCACCCCCCAGCGCCCCGCGCGCGCCCUGGCCCGGCGGCAUGGCUGUGCUCCUGGCGGCGGUGCUCGCGUCCUCGCUCUACCUGCAGGCGGCCGCCGACUUCGACGGGAGGUGGCCCAGGCAAAUAGUGUCCUCUAUUGGCCUCUGUCGUUAUGGUGGCAGGAUUGACUGCUGCUGGGGCUGGGCUCGCCAGUCCUGGGGACAGUGUCAACCUUUCUACGUCUUAAGGCAGAGACUAGCAAGGAUAAGGUGCCAGCUCAAAGCUGUGUGUCAACCGCAGUGCAAACAUGGAGAGUGCAUCGGGCCAAACAAGUGCAAAUGCCAUCCUGGAUUUGCUGGGAAAACCUGCAACCAAGAUGAACCCUCCUACCCAACUCCUCUUGACCAAGGCAGUGAACAGCCUCUUUUCCAACCCCUGGAUCAUCAAGCCACAAGCGUACCUUCAAGGGAUGUGAACGAGUGUGGCCUGAAGCCGAGGCCCUGUAAGCACAGGUGCAUGAACACUUUCGGCAGCUACAAGUGCUAUUGUCUCAACGGAUACAUGCUGCUGCCAGACGGGUCCUGCUCAAGUGCCCUGUCAUGUUCCAUGGCGAACUGUCAGUAUGGCUGUGAUGUUGUCAAAGGACAAAUCAGGUGCCAAUGUCCUUCCCCUGGCCUGCAGCUAGCUCCUGAUGGGCGGACCUGUGUGGAUAUCGAUGAAUGUGCUACUGGAAGAGUCUCCUGCCCUCGGUUUAGGCAGUGUGUCAACACGUUUGGGAGUUACAUCUGCAAGUGUCAUACUGGUUUCGACCUCAUGUACAUCGGAGGCAAAUAUCAAUGCCACGACAUUGACGAGUGCUCCCUUGGGCAACAUCAGUGCAGCACGUCUGCUCGGUGUUACAACGUCCAUGGCUCCUACAGGUGCAAAUGUAAAGAAGGAUACGAGGGGGAUGGACUGAACUGUGUGUAUAUCCCCAAAGUCAUGAUUGAACCUUCAGGUCCAAUUUAUGUGCCAGAGAGAAAUCGUACAAUCGUAAAGGGAGAUGGAGGACAUGCUAAUAGGAUUCCUGAUGCUGGAAGUACUAGGUGGCCCUUGAAGACACCGUAUAUUCCUCCUGUGGUUACCAACAGGCCCACUGCCAAGCCAACAAUAAGACCGACACCAAAUCCAACACCGCAGCCUACCCCACCACCCCCGCCACCCCUCCCAACAGAGCUCAGAACAACUCCACCUCCACCAACCCCAGAAAGGCCAUCCACCAGACUGACGACCACAGCACCCACUGCCACAACAUCUACACGAGGAUUUACGGUCGACAACAGGAUACAGACGGACCCUCAGAAACCCAGAGGCGAUGUGUUCAUUCCGCGGCAGCCGUCAAAUGACCUGUUUGAAAUAUUUGAAAUCGAAAGAGGAAUCAGCGCGGAUGAUGAAGCAAAAGACGACCCAGGGAUUCUCAUACACAGUUGUAAUUUUGACCAUGGACUUUGUGGAUGGAUCAGAGAGAAAGACAGCGACUUACACUGGGAGCCCAUCAGGGACCCUGCAGGUGGACAGUAUCUCACAGUGUCGGCAGCCAAAGCCCCUGGGGGGAAAGCCGCUCGCUUGGUGCUACCUCUCGGCCACCUCAUGCAUUCAGGGGACCUGUGCCUGUCCUUCAGGCACAAGGUGACUGGGCUGCCCUCCGGCACACUGCAGGUGUUUGUGAGAAAAUAUGGCACCCACGGAGCAGCCCUGUGGGGAAGAAAUGGUGGCCAUGGCUGGAGGCAAACCCAGAUCACCUUGCGAGGGGCUGACGUCAAGAGCGUCAUCUUCAAAGGUGAAAAAAAGCGUGGUCACACGGGGGAGAUUGGAUUGGAUGAUGUGAGCUUGAAAAGAGGCCACUGCUAAGAAGAACACUGGCAACUCCAGAGCUAGCAGUGACCUUGCCCUUCUUCCUCUUUUUCCAAUCCUUGCCUUCUCAUCUCCCUCGUAUCAGGCCUAGGGCAAGAGUGGGUCAGGAGGAAGGCCAGUUGGUGACUUGGGUCUUGGUGGCCUGUCUUUGUGCAAUCCCAGUGAACAGUGACACCCUCCUUGAAGUACAGGAGCAUCUGGAGACACAUCCAGUCCCUUCCAGGGUGGGGCCUUCUACCUGUGUCCCCUUUAGGAAGGCCUUCGGCAUGUGUGACCCAUGCCAUCCUUCAUCCUGAUGACAGAGCAGGCCUGGUAGCCAAUCCUGGGAGUUGUUUUCAUUCUGUGCAAAUGGCAUUCUGUGAUCUGUUCAGUGUUGAACCAUGAGUAGUAUUGACGUUGCUUACAGCAUGGUACACAGUGCGCUUGGGAAACUAGUUUCUCCUUUUCACUCAAGUUAGUUCUGGCCUGACCUCAACUCUGACUUUCACUGCCGAACACUUUAUAACGGAAGGGUGUAGAAUGUGUUAAGGUGCAUUUAUUCUUGUAAACUGUGUUUUUGUUUCAAAGACAGUUAUGGGGGGGGCAUGGAAAUUCCUUGUUGGUAGUACUGUGUUUGUGUAAAUGUGCUAUUAAUAUAAGUAUUUACAUGUUCCUAAUAUUCACAGACUCCAGUUGCAAGGUCAAAGGCAGCUUAUGAUCCCUUUGGUUAAAAAAGAAAUACAUGUGAAAUGUCAUCUGGGCCAUGACCUCUUACUGGCAGCAAGAAAACUGGCAGAAGUGUGCAGCUGGGGUAGUGGAAUGAUGACCUUAUUUCAGUGUCCUUGAGUUUGAUCUUUAAGGAAGAAAGUAAACGAUUAAGGGAAGCAAGGACCUGCAGUUAAUAUAUAAAACCCUCAUGUUUCGAGUUAUGCUUUAAACCAGAAGCUUUCACCAUUGUUACACGGCUCCAUUGGUAAGAAGCUUUGUUGGGGGGAGGGUGGAAGACUAGGGAAGGCCAUGGGACAGGCAUUCAUAAGGAGCUUUAAAUUGGCAAGGUUUCUGAGAGUGUAGCUCACGGCGUACAUGUUACCUGAGGCUGGGAUGGGAAGCAGGCCUGUGCAGCGAGGCAACACAUGCAAUGGAAUGAGACAGAUGCGCUAGAGGAGGACAAGAUAGGAAUUCUAAUAUCCACAAAGCCCAACGGUAUCUCCUCCCUGUCAUACCUUCGUAUUAAAAACACAUAACUUUGUAAAGUCAACUUUCUCCUUACAUUUCUCUCAUUUCUGAUUAAGUAAUCAAAAUAUUUUCUGCUGUUUUUGCCAGGAAACACAAAGAUGAUUAAAGGGUUGGAAAAAAAGAUCUAUGAUGAAAAAUUAAAGGAACUGGAGAAGAGAAGACUGAGGGGCAAACCAUUGAUGGUUUUCCACUAUGUGAAGGGUUGGCACCAAGAGCUGGGAUACCAGCUGUUCUCCACGUGCGCUGAGAAUAGAACAAGAGGAAACAGGCUUAGGCUAGAGUGUGAGGGGGCAUUUCCUGGCAGGGACAGUUGCUAAGCCAAAUCUUUUACAAAAAAGGAGUGUGAAAAUCAUAUUAUGUUCAUUCUCUCUCUCUCUUUUACUCCCUUCUCCCUUUCUCCUACUUCUACCUCCAUCUCUCUCCCUCUUUCCAGUUCUCCUCUCUUCCUCUCUAGCUCCUUCCUUAAAAAAAAAAAAAAAAAAACUUCAUUAAAAUGUUAUCUGUUUAAGGUGUGCUUACUUCAAGUUAAAGUACCAGAUGUGGAAUCUAGAAGACACUUUGAUCCUCACAGGGGUACAUAAUAAUGACAGUCUUCAGAAAUAAGCAAUUUGGACAGAACUCUGAGUUAGACCUUUUUCUCUUGACAUCCUAUUAGAAAGGUCACAAAAGGAAAUACUUAGCUCACUAAAAUGCCUCUUGCUCAACAGCCAACCCCAGCAGUAUUAAAUCAACAAAUCCCCAAAUUAUUUAUUCCUGGAGAGGUUUUAUCAGACAGAUGCUGUAGUAUCUUUACAAUGUCCUAUGACCGUUUUAUUCCUGGGUUAAGGGUGUGACCCCCGUGGUUGGUUCAGUAGAUGCUUGUUUAGACAUGUUUUUCAGGGAGACCCCCCCACCAAGAAACAUGGGUCAGAGAGAUUUGGGUCUGGUGCUUGUCUCUGUUUUGCAUGUGAUGAGUUGACAUGGCUACUGAAGUACCAUUAGCCCUCUUGCUCACCUCUUCCCAUGGCUCACUUUCGUACUAGGAGCCUUCCAGGUUCCACACACUGAUGAUGUUUUUGAACAGGUUUAAGUAACUUUGUCAUGUAGCUCAAUAGAGGCAGAGUUGGAGCUUCUGAACGGAGUCUUUGAAUAAAGCCAGAUAAUAGGUUCUUAGAUGUGUUUAUUCAUGAUUCAUUUCCUUUUUGGUCAUGUAACUGCACAGCUGAAGAAGAAAGGGGAAAGUAAUUGAGAAUUUCACUUUUUGGUGCCAAUAAGACAUUGCACUACACUGAUGAAAGAAGUUAUCCAAAGUACUGUAUAACAUCUUGUUUAUUAUUUAAUGUUUUCUAAAGUGAAAAAUGUUCGUGGUUUUCAAAAUGGCCAAAUAAAAGCAAUCUUUGUAAAUAAAAAGACUGUUAAUAA